GUAUUUUUUUUCCCUUUAUUAUUAAGCUCUUCUCUUUUUUUUCGUUGGGGUGGAUGGAAAGAUUGGGAGGAAAUCUCAUAUUGUCUCUGUUCUCUUCUGGUGUUUUGUUGUGGCUUUUUUUUAUUUUUUUGCUUUUCCUUAGGGCUGAAAUUGUUGAUUAUUCUGGGCAUUUUAGAAUAAUAAGUUUACUGCAGCGGCUGGUUGCCUCCUCCUCCUCCUUCUCCUCCUCUUCCUCCUCCUCCCACUCCCCCACCCCUAGGGGCAAAACGCAACACAUUUCCUCCGGAGGAUGCAAUAACGAGGGGGAACAAGGAGUUGUAAAUACCUUAAAAAAAAAGAGGGGGGAAGGGGAGGAGAAAGAUGCUAGUCCCGCUGUCUUCUGUUCCCCCCUUGCCAUGUUCAAAAUGAAAAGGAUUAUUUUUACGCGUGGGUUUUGCUUUCUUGAUUUUUCUUUUUUCUUCGUUUUGGUUGUUGCCUUGUGUUUUUUUUCCCCUCCCCUCUUUUUUUCCCUUUUUAAAAAAUACAUAAUAUAUACUUAUUUCUGCGGAGCUGAAUUCAGCCUCCCUCAGCGAGACAGGAAAAAGGAGGCAGAAAAGAAAAAGAGUCAGAGUGGGGGAAAGAGAGAGAGAGAGAGAAAGAGAGAGAAUGAGAGAGAGGAAAAAAAGAAAGAGAGGGAGAAUCUGGAUUUUACAAGUGACCAAAACAGGAGCACGUCCCAGGAACAGAAAGCUAGCAUUCAAAUAUACCCGUGGAUGCAGCGCAUGAACUCCCACAGUGUUUGUUUGGUUUCCGAAUCCCUAGGAGUCGGCUACGGAGCAGAUCGGAGGAGGGGGCGUCAGAUCUACUCGCGCUACCAGACGCUGGAACUGGAGAAGGAGUUCCAUUUUAACCGCUACUUGACGCGGCGGCGGCGGAUUGAGAUCGCCAACGCGCUGUGCCUCACGGAACGCCAGAUCAAGAUCUGGUUCCAAAACCGGAGGAUGAAAUGGAAAAAAGAGAGCAAUCUGACUUCUACUCUACCCGGGGGAGGUGGGGCCGGAGAAGCCGCCGAGAGCUUGGGCGCCAAGGAAGAGAAAAGAGAAGAAGAGACACAGGAGGAAAAAGCGAAGGAAUGAAUGGACGGGGACGGCUCGGCCAAGCAAUUUUCUUCCCCUCCCCUCCGGUCUCACCCACGAGCAUAUCACAGAGAAGGUCCCCUUCCUUUCCUCCCACCACCCGACUCCCUCCUGCCUUCCUUUCCCUUCUCAUUACUGCAGGCACAAACGCUGCAUUGGGUUAAAUUAAAAAGGGUGGGUGGGUGGGGGAGAUAGAAAUCCCCUUCCUCCAUCUUCCGUUUCCAGCGCUCAGGUUCCAGACCCCUGACUCCCAAAUCUCCUUUACUUUCCCCUUUUAGAGGCUCCUGUCCCCCUUGCCCAGUGACCCGGGUUUUUUCUUAAAGUAUAUACACACACACACACAAUCACAUACAGAGAGGGAGAGACACACACAUACACAGACACGAGUGAGAGAAACUCCCCCUGCCAUUCCUUCUUCGCCCUUCCUAGACAGAAUCUCGCUUGCCAAAGGAGAAGGGUUCUGUGUUAGGAGCUGCCUUCGGGUAGUGCUGGGUUCGACCAUGCAGGUCCAAAAGAACUCUGGGCAGUUUCAGUUUCUUAAUAAAAUUAAAAUAAAAUUUUAAAAAAGGAAGGAGCGGCUGCUGGUGGCGAUGUGGAUUCGUGGAAAAGAAGCUGGGUUGAAAAGGAAAAAAAAAGAGAAAGAAAACACAUAGCACAGUUCACCGGCUCACCUAUGAAAAUAACUUCCCUCCAUAUAUCCAUCUCGACGUCUACGUCCGCCUAAAUAUAGCGCUUUCUUUCCAGAGUAAACUCAUUGUAUUGAAAACACUACCUGAAGUCAUGAUGCAUACGACAAACUGUGACGGUUUCUGUGUGAAUAUUUUUAGCUGUAUUUGUGGUCUCUGUAUUUAUAUUUAUGUUUAGCACUGUAAUGGUCAAACGGUAAAGUGAAUGGCAUUCUAUAGCGAGUAGGAGAAAAGCAAACCUUGAGUUAAGCUUCCUAGCAUCAUGUAUAAAAAAAAAGUCAUGUCCAAAGGACUAUGGUUGAGUAUUUAAUAAAAACUGGAUAUUAUUUUUAAAAAUUACUGGUAUAUAUAUAUAUAUAUUUUCGACGUUCAAUGGGGGACAAUUUCGCGCCGAAGCAUUUUGCAAAAUCGACUCGCCGUGUUUCGUAGCUGGAUCGAACCCCGUUUAAUUUCCGCAGCAAGGCAGCUGAUAGGCGGAAAUAAUUUAUUUCCUAUUAAGUAGGCCGAGGAUGACUUUAACACCUCUUUCUCUCUCUCUCUCUCUCUCCACUCUUGCAUAACCAUAGAUAUGUUCAGGCACAGUCACAGGUAGGCAUAAAAAACUUCCAUUCCAGAUGGGCAAAUUCCUAGGCCCAGAAGUCCACCUUUUUUUCAAAAUAGCGUGCUUUCUCAAGGCCAGUUUUAAGCACAAAAGCACAAAAGAUGUCCUUAUCAAAGAGAAAGGCCAAGGCACAAAGGAAUCUCUCUGCCUCCUUUUCUAAAUUUAUUUCGAGGUUGAGAACAGGUGGGCAGGAGUUAUUGAGGAGGGGGGGAAAGAAAAGUUCAGAAAGCGCAAUGGACAAAAUCUCUUGAUGCGCCACACAGCCACCGAGCUUUCUUUGGGGCAGAGGGCUCCACAGUGGCUCGGGUUUAGGUCAGAAGCAUCCUAGUCCCAAAUGCAAAUGUCUGGGAUGCGUGAAGUUCUGGCCUCUGGAUGUCUGGAUAGCCUUAGCUACGCUUUCUUUCGCGGGUUCUAUUCAAUCACCCGGUCCCAGUUUAAAAAAAGAAAAGAAAAAGGGGGAAAAAAAAGACCACAACUACUCCUGACACCCCACCAUUAAAUUGAUUUCGCCUACCUCUGUUCGUCUGAACCCAAGGGAUACUGAAGUCAUCCCUUUCUCGAAAUCAUAAGGAGCCUCAAAAACUCCCAGAGCUGAGAAUUGCUGUUUUUUUUUUUUUAAAAAAGCCAGUCUCGCACAUGUCCUGGGGAGGCGAGGAAUAGACUCAACAACAUUUCGGGAAACCUGAGCCAAAACUUUCCAGGGUUUCCUUUAGCGAUUUGUCCCUUAAUGCGAACAACAAACAAACAAACAAUUAAAUAAGCU